UAUUAUUGUGCUGUGGUCUUUACGAUUUACGUUUUACGAUCUAAUUGUUCGUUGACCUAACCAAAAUAAAAUAUUAACCUCACUUUUCACUGGAAAUAUUAAUAAUCAGUUUGAGUUCUUGUAUUUUAAUUUUCAGUGUCUAGAAACUUUUAAAGUUGCAGAAAGAAAUGAGCGAAUUAACAAUAGAAGAAAGUAGCUCAAGUAUUCGAAAAAGAAUGCUAGAUUUAGAAAGAGUAUAUGUAAUGUCAAUGCCUCCAGAUUCUCCCUACAUUAGACCACUGAGAAUGAAUUAUACUCAAGACGGUCGACAGAAAUAUUGGGACUUAAUGAGAGUUCACGACGGCGUUUGUAUUGUCAUUUUCAAUAUUAGUCGAAUGAAACUUGUUUGCGUAAAACAAUUUCGUCCUCCUUGUUACUUUGCCUCUGUUCCUGAGCAAUUUGGCGUUGUUGACGUCAAAAAAUAUCCAGCGAAACUUGGUGUUUCUCUGGAACUUUGUGCUGGAAUAAUCGAUAAAAAUAAGUCAAUUGUCGAAAUUGCAAGGGAAGAAGUUCUCGAAGAAUGCGGAUAUGAUGCUCCAGUUUCACUUUUCGAGAAAGUUAAUUGUUACAGAUCAGGAGUAGGAUCUGCUUCUUCUUCACAAACUUUAUUCUACGUUGAAGUUACUGAUGAUAUGAGAAUUCAUCCCGGAGGUGGUGCUGACUCAGAGGGUGAAUUAAUCGAAGUUAUCGAAAUGAAUAUUCAGCAAGUGAAGGAUUACCUGCAUUCUGGAAAUGUUGAAAGUCCUUCCAGUUUUCUUUAUGGUGUCACUUGGUUUUUGGCUAGUAAACAAGACCGUUACCAUUAAUGUUCAACAUCGUCUUUUGUGAAUUGAGUACUGACCCAGGCAAGACCCCAUUUCAAAUUCGUCAGGACAUAUUUUAAGGCCUUAGUCCACUGCUCUUCAGAAUUGAACUGAAUUCUAUAAAUAAAAAAGGAUAUAAAUUAAAAUUUGAAAUGCUUAUUGACAAAUAAAUCAAUUAAACGUAGAGGAGAAAGAGAACCUUAACUUAACGUAAACAAAGCGAGAAUGCAUAUUACAUAAACAAACACUUAUUUAUUUAUUUAUAUACAUUCCCCGUAGUCCACAGAAGUGAACCAUAAAUGGGUAACUAAAUAAUUAUAAAAUUUAUUAUUAUAAAAUAUCAAAAUAUUUAAAAUAUAGUAUUAUUAUAUGAGCAUUGUCACACUCACAAAUUCACAUCAACAAAAAGCAUAAUAUUUUAAUUUAUUUUACGAUUAAACAAUAAGUAUUUAUUAAUAGUUUCGAGAAACUUUGAUUGUGACGUGUUAAAUAAAUCAAUAUGCGGUUCAAAAGUAGAGGAUAAUUUGUUUAUAUGGUAAUAUACAAAAAAAAUAGGUGCUAUAAACAUUAAAGGUGAUGGUAUAUUAGUUAAAUAAAAAGGUUUAUUUUGUCUUGAUGAUAAUCUCGGUACUCUGAUAUUGAUUAGAUUUAAGGGGGGAACACCAGUUGUAACUUUCGAAAAAUCGAAUUUUUUUUUUGUGCAUUUUCUUAAAGUAUACAUAUUUAGAAAUGUGUCUGUAAAUUUCAAAGUUGAUCCGGUGAAAAAUAAAUGAGAUAUACAGAACACUGCAGCGGCGCGUCCCGUGGCUUCAUACAAGGUGGCCAGCCAUACCUGACCCUAACGACACAUGGCCUUUUCCUAUGAUUUAGAAACGGCAACCACUGCGGAAGAGUUAUUAUAUGGUCCAGGAAUCGAUGACUCUUUGUAACUUGGAAACAAAAUUUCUCCUGAACAAAAAAAAGUAAGUUGAAACUUUGAAUGCGUUUUUCUCAAAAUGACAUUUUCCAAGUCGGUGACCACGAUUACUCGAAUACCAUUAACAAAUAUGGCAAAACAAUGUGGUGAUUUAAAAUUUUAAACAAGAACAUAGUUACGUGUAUAAUUCUUAGUUCUUGCAAUGUUAUCAUGUUAAAACGGUUACAUAAGUCUAAAUAAUUCGAUUCUCUCGGAGGAUAAAUACCGUCUUUUUUGAAAGCUAGAAAUUUGAUAAAAGGCUUUUGAAUAUUCUCGACUUCCUGAGAAUAAAUAUCCUAAAAUGGGUUCCAUAUUACAUCGGCAUAAUCUAAACGAGGAUUUUAUCUAAACAAUUGCAUUAAAUAAAAGUGUAAAAGAAUGAAUAAUAGAAAAAUUUUUUGAAUUUCUUAACAAAAAACCUAAUGAAUUAGACGCGUUUGACAAAAUUUCUGUAAUGUAAUCAUUAAAACUCAAAUCCUGUGAGAAAGUUACACCUAGAUCACGGACGGUAUUCACUCUUGUAAUCUCAUAAUUUUGUAUUUUAUAUGGAAAUUUCAAAACAAUGCCUGAUUUACGAAAAGAUAUUAUUUGACAUUUUGACAAAUUUAAUUCUAUUCUAUUUUCAACAUACGAAAAAUAAAUAGCCAUGAGAUCAUUCUGGAGUUCCUCAGCAUCAUUAUUCGACAAAAUAUGUCGAUAAAUUAUUAAGUCAUCAGCAAAAAAGUAAAGAAAAAGACAUUAUACUCUCAACUAUAUCAUUUAUGAAUAAUUUAAACAAAGGUGAUCACUUUAUUGACAACAAAUCUUACUUUAUAUUAGUAUUAUAAUUUGUAUUAAUAUUAUUUUUUUGUUAUUAUUAUAUUGAUAUAUCCUCGGAUUUAUCGUAAGUAAAAAAUAUUUAAUUUCUUUAACAUACCGUUAACAAAAAGUUUAUAAAUUAACUUAAAAUUACGCAAAUAUAUAGAUAUUACAUUUUGAGGUUAUGUUAUAUUCCUUGUCAAAUUAUAAUUAUAAUCAAUUUUCUAACAUAAAAAUAAGACAGUUGUGUAUAAAAACGAAGCACUGAAGUUCUUUCACUUAUUAGAAAAUGAAUUUUUGUAUUAUAUUUACCCUAUCGAAAUAACGUGCCCCAAACAUGUUCUCAAACCGACUCUGGUUUGUAGAGCAUUUUUAGAGUCUGAUUAGAAAAAGAAACUGAAGUACGCCACGUUUAUAAUAAACGAUUUUUAUUUAUUUAUAUAUAUAUUCCCCGCGGGCAUUCUUUUUAAAGAAAUAAUUUUUUUAAAUGAAAAAUUCUAUAAUUUUUUUCCAAAAAAAUAUUUUGUGUAAUUUUUAUUAAUCAACAAAUUAUAAAAAAAUAUUCUUUAAGGUAAACAAUUUUAUAAUUUAACGUGUUAAAUAAAAAUUGAUUUUCAACCAUAAAACUAUUGUUGGUCAUAACAUUGUUGAGGCGAAACAAUAUAUUAUACAUAUAGCUGAAGCAGCUUUCAGUAUGGAUACAUUGACAAAGAAGAAUGGUUGUGGCAACCAUAUAAUUUGGAACCUAUGAUAUGGAUAUAUCAACCAUAGCUUUAGUUGAGGUAACAAUAUUGGUUUGGAUUUUAACAAUUUUGUUAUUGUAUCCAUUUUUGAAUUGCUAAGGCCCCUAUAGACGCCUGCGCACCUUGUCUGGGCGGUGAUGCAAUAUAUUACGUCUAUAUUACUCGCAUUAAUUCCAAGCGUCGCGAAACGUGUAUAUGUCCGCAGUCCUAAAGAUUUUCUAUAAUCAUUUAAGAAUUAUAUUGAUCCCGGUUAAUGUGUUUUUUAAGUUAAAAAAUGGAAGCUGAGUGCAUUGAUUUCCUUAAAAAAAUAGGCUUCGAAGUUGACUGCGUCCUUUUAAACAAGUUACAUUCACCUUUCCCAGUCAUAAUUUGUAAAUGGGGAAAUUCUUGAAUGUUUGCGACUCUUAGGCACGCACUAUAAUUAUAAUACUAUAAUAAAAGUUGCGAUACGAUUGUUUAUUUUGUUAACGAAUUUGUAUUUGGCGAUUAUUUCAAAAAAAUAAAUACGUUUUUAUGGGA